AUGCCUCCAAAUCCAGACUGGGUCAAGCAGCUGAAGCCGGCCUCCCCACAAGGGGCUGACAUCUUGGUCGAAGAGCGGUCGAAGAGCAACGUCAAUGUCGACCAACUUGCCGAGUUCCUCUUCACCAAGAAGACCCUCCAACAGAAGGAGGCAAUCGUAAAGACAUUAUCAGCAGAGCCUGUGUUUGACAAGUCCAAGAAUUACUUCCUAAGCCGCGAGGACCGAUUCCAAGCAGCCCUGGCCCGUGGCAAGCGCAUCGAGCAGCUUUCCCGGAAGAACAAGUGGUCUCAAGAUGAGUUUGACUACGCCUACCAGCUCACUGGCGAGGCCACGCCACUAGCCAUGCACUACAAGAUGUUCAUCCCCACAAUCCGCGAGCAGGGCACACCGGAGCAGCACAAACUUUUCCUGGAAAGGGCGCAGAAGUUUGAGAUCAUCGGGUGUUAUGCGCAGACCGAGCUGGGCCACGGCUCCAACGUCAGGGGCCUCGAAACGACAGCGACGUGGAACCCAGAGGACAAGACCUUCACGCUGCACAGUCCUCAUCUGACAGCUUCGAAGUGGUGGAUCGGUUCGCUCGGCAAGGUCGCCAACCACGCCGUUGUGAUGGCACAGCUUGUGAUCAAGGGGAAGAGCUACGGACCUCAUCCAUUUAUUGUCCAUAUCAGAGACCUGAAGACCCAUGAGCCACUGGAGAAUGUCCACAUUGGAGAUAUUGGGCCCAAAUUUGGCUUCAACACGAUGGACAAUGGCUUCUUGCUCCUGAACAACGUGAAAGUCCCACACGUCAACAUGCUCUCCCGCUUCUCCAAGGUUGAUCCCGAGACAAGCAAAUACAUCCGCCCACCAACUCCUGCCCUUGUCUACGGCACUCUCACCUAUGUUCGAAGCACCAUCGUGCUCGAGUCCGGCACUGUAUUGGCCCGCGGCGUUACUAUCGCCACUAGGUACUGCGCCGUUCGCCGCCAAUUCCAGGACUUGGAUACCAAGGGCAGCGAUGUGAGCGAGAACCAGGUGCUGAAUUACAGCAUGGUGCAGUUCCGCCUGUUGCCUCUGCUAGCAGCAACUUUCGCCCUCCAUUUCACCGGGCGUAACAUGAUUUCCCUGUACGAGGAGAACCAGAAGCGCCUGGCUGCUGGGAACCCGCCGCCUAGCAACGACUCCAAACGCCGCCCUGGACCCGAGGAGUUGACUGCAGGUGCUGAUCUCUUGGCCGACCUGCACAGCACAUCCUGCGCACUCAAGGCAUUCUCAUCUACCGUUGCGGCCGAGGGUCUAGAGGUUUGUCGACGUGCAUGCGGUGGUCACGGAUACAGCUCUUUCAGCGGAAUUGGCUCGUAUUACGCUGAUUACCUUCCUACGGUGACCUGGGAGGGCGAUAAUUACAUGCUUACACAGCAAGUGGCACGGUAUCUAUUGAAGUCUGCACGUGCGGUGCUCACCGGCAAGGCAGCCGAAAACGACACCACCCGAUUCCUGAACGUGUUCCUCAAGAGGCAGGACAUCGGCGCCGCAUUCGACGUGUUGGGCUCUGACCAGGAGCUGGUUGACGCGUUCGCAUGGCGAGUCGCCUACCUGACCUUCGACGCGCUCAAAAAGCGCGACGAGGAGAAGCAGGCGUGGAACUCGCUGCUGGUGGACUUCUACCGCCUCAGCACCGCGCACGCGCAGUACAUGGUGGUCAAGAGCUUCAAGGACGCGCUGCACAACAACAUGGGCGGUGUGGACGAGCAGACGAAGGUCGUGCUGCACACGCUGUUCAAGCUGUUCGCGCUGCACACCCUCGAGAAGGAGAGCAGCGAGUUCUUCAGCAGCGCCGCCACGACCAUCAAGCAGAUCGCCCUCGCGCGCAAGCAGGUCAUGAAGCUGCUCGAGGAGAUCCGCCCGCACUCGGUCCGCCUCGUCGACGCGUGGAAGUUCCCCGACUGGCAGCUCGACUCCAGCCUGGGGCGUUUCGACGGUCGUGUGUACGAGGAUAUGUUCUACAGGGCGAGCACGUUGAACCCUCUGAACGACGUCGUGUAUGACUCGAACCCGGACAGCCCGAACCUGAUCAGGCAGGACAACCGGGCCAAGAGCAAGUUGUAA